GCGGUAUUCCUAUCGCAUCACGAGCACAACAUGGGUUUCCUCCGGAGGCCUACACUGCGCAGUCGCGACGAUCAGAGGACGCGCGCUGCUGAACUCACUUUGCGCGAGUCCAUUUAUCCGCUCUGCCUCGUCACCAUUCUUUUCUUUCUCUGGGGUUUCUCGUAUGGUCUCAUUGAUACCUUGAACAAGCACUUCCAGGAGGUCCUUGGUAUAACCCGCGCUCGCUCGUCCGGCUUGCAGGCAGCAUACUUCGGCGCAUACCCACUUGCUUCACUCGGACAUGCCAACUGGCUACUGCGCCACUGGGGUUACAAAGCCACCUUUAUCUGGGGACUGUGCCUGUAUGGUCUGGGUUCUCUGCUCGCGUGGCCAUGCCUCGUAUACCGUUCGUUUGGCGGCUUCUGCGUAGCUAUCUUCGUGAUCGGCAAUGGACUAGGUUCGCUAGAGACAGCAGCGAACCCCUACCUAGCUGUCUGCGGGCCGCCCAAAUAUUCUGAAAUCAGAAUCAACAUCGCGCAAGCCUUCAACGGUAUUGGCACUGUGGUCGCGCCAGUUCUUGGGUCCUAUGUCUUCUUCAACCACGUGGGAACCGAUCAAGCAUCCCUUGAAAAUGUGCAAUGGACAUAUCUCGGUAUCGCAUGUUUCGUCUUUGCCCUUGCGAUUUUGUAUUACUUUACAGAAAUUCCUGAGAUCACUGAUGCCGACAUGGCUUUCCAGGCUGAGAGUACCCAUGCAGGUACUGACGUGAAGCCUUUCCACAAGCAAUACCGCUUGUUCCAUGCGACCUUUGCUCAGUUCUGCUACACCGGAGCGCAGGUAGCUAUAGCUGGAGCGUUCAUCAACUACGUGGUAGAGACGCGAGUUACAUCCAGCGGCGAAACAGACAGCCCGACAGCAGCCCGUUUCCUCGCUGGUGCACAGGGCGGUUUCACCGUGGGCAGAUUCGUGGGUAGUGCCCUCAUGAAGUUUGUCAAACCGCGAUGGGUAUUCCUCGUCUUCAUGACGAUGUGCAUCGUCUUCGUUAUCCCAGCUAUUACCGAGCGAGGCAAUACUGGUAUGAGCAUGCUCUACAUGGUACUCUUCUUCGAAAGUAUCAUCUUCCCGACGAUCGUUGCGCUCGGCAUGCGCGGACUGGGCAAGUAUUCCAAGCGUGGCUCAGGUUUCAUCGUGGCUGGUGUCUCUGGUGGUGCUGUCGUACCUCCGCUGCUAUUUGGCGCCAGUGACACGCUCGGAAAGGCAAGGCCUUUUGAAGGAUAUUCGCCAACUGCCAUUGCGAUGACUGUUCCACUAGCGUUCUUUGUCGCAGCAUGGAGCUACUCUUUCUGCGUCAACUUCGUGCCGGCCUACCGUAAUGUGGCAGAUAAGUUCUCGACGGCUGAGAUCGGCAUCAACAAUGCGCAUGCGAAUGAUCCGGAGAGUCAGAUGGAGCAGACGGAUGGCGGGAUCGCAACCACGAAGAAUGCGGCCGUCAUGGACAGAAAGGCGCUCCUCUUCCCGUGCGGCCUCGUCUUAGCAUCCGGUUACUUGAGCACUGCAACCCCCGUCGACUACUCCUUCGCCUUUGACAAGCCGCUGCACACGGUCGCCGUCGUCUUGCUGCUGACUGGCCUCGCCAUUGUCGCAAUUGAGGCCUGGUCGUCGCGCAGUAGCCAGCCGCCGCCGCCGACAAGAUAUAUCGCCAUAGCGCUGAACCAGGUCCAGAGCAGACAUGCCGCCGAAGAGAUAUGGACAGAGGCAGGCCAGCCAGGGAGACGGCGAGGCUGGAGUGUGAGGGCGGUUGGUGUCCUGCUGGCCGUCUUGUUGUUCGCAAUCUGCGGCCGCAUAGCCAUCUUCUACCGCGUUACCAAAGACGUCGAGUGCAGUGGUCCUUCUGCAUUAGCAUUUCUCCCUCUCGUCGCCGCCCUCUACCACAGCAUUCGUCACCCUAGCCAGCGACAAUACCCCGCCUGGAGUGCUGACACGCGCCCACGCACCCAGCUCGACUCCGUCUACAGCUUCAUCUUCAAUGGCUCCACACGCUACAUCAUUCCUUCGUUCCUGCUCUCCGUCAGCAGCUUCCUCGUCAUCAUCAAGUCCAGCGCAUUGCGCUCGACCUUUAUCUGCCCCAUCGCAGACUCGACAGCGACUACAAUACCUUCCCUUCAAUUCUUUGCCUUCUUGCUCGACAGUGUCAUUGUCCAGAUCUCAUACCGUCUGAUCGACGAUGGCAUCUCCGACGCCGACGACUCGACUAUCCACCUCCAGGAUGGUACCUCGAAUCACCUGCUAGUUGGCUUGACACUUACUGCAUCUUCUUUAGUCCUUCUUGUCGCAGGCAUCAUCAUAUACCCCGCCAUGCCCGAGCAUCGCGAGUGGAUGCUCUCAUUUCCGUCUGAAUAUCUCCUUGGUCUUUUGCGUUUAUCGUUGAUGAUACCCUUUAUGACGUUAUGUUUUCUCAAAUCGGCUCGAUUGUACGGCGUUAUGAGCGCAUUGCUCCUGGCCGCAUUUUCCUCUGCAUAUAUCGGCCUUCUUCGAGCCCUAGGCACCGGCGUUUCCUACUCGUUUCCACCAAAACCCACCGUUGGACUUGUUUUGUGUUUGACUUUACUCACCAUUGCGCUCAUCCUUUAUCUCGUCACAGAUACCAACAUCGAAACCCGCAUACGAUCAAAAGUGCCGGUUCGUCUGGGCAGGAACCAGUCGGCCGGUUUCAUCGUAUUGCUGAUCGCCUUCUCCAUCGGUGUCGUUGUAUAUCGCCGGCACGGUCCUGUUCUCGAGCACCCCAUCACUACUCUGAUCGACGUUGCGGCAGUCCAACACGAACGAUGGGCAUCGCAGGCUUACCGGAGUCGAUCUCUCACUGAGGCUGUUGUAAACUACCGGCAACGCUAUCAUCGCGACCCCCCACCCAAUUUUGACAAGUGGUAUCACUUCGCUAUCAGCCGAAAUUCCAUCAUAAUCGACGACUACGACAAUAUCGAAAAAGACCUGGCACCCUUCUCGUCUUUCAACGCCGACGACCUUCGACUACGUACUGCUACCGUCCUGGCCACGCAUGAAGGGGUGGGUGGGAUUCGCAUAAGAGACGGGAAGGUGGAGGUGUUCAACAAUGUACCCGAUACGCACCGUUGGAUGAUGGAUGGUGCGGCGACCAUGAUACAGCGAUUUGCUCAAUCCCUUCCUGAUAUGGACCUCGCAUUGAACCUGAAUGAUGAGAGUCGUGUCGCUGUACCGUACGAACGUUUACAGGAUGCACUGGAUAACCCGCAACCGUACCCUACACCGGAGCCUUCUCGUCCUACGAAGGAUUUCAGUGCUAAUCGUGCGGAAAAGUGGCCGGAUGUUGACCGCGUGCGAUCGGAUCCACAUUUCUUCAGCGACGCUCGCAUCAAGUCCUCGUUUGAGACAUACGGAUCCGUCGCCUGCCCACCCGAAUCGCGCGCGCGGAGAGAACGCCAUUGGUAUACAAAAUCGUUUUGCCACACCUGUACUCAACGUCACUCGAUGGGCGCCUUCAUAGCGAAUUGGAGUCUCUCGUCUGAGCCCUGUCAUCAGCCGGAUAUCGCCAAUCUGCAUGGCAUGCAUCUCAGUCCAGCUAGCCUGAUGGGUACUCAUGACAUGGUACCAAUCUUUAGUCAGAGCCGCGCUCCAGGUUAUGCCGAUAUCAGAUACCCAUCGCCGUGGAACUAUAUGGAAAAGACCAAGUAUGGAUUUGAUGAAAAGUUUCCUGAUCCUCACUUCCAAGAUAAGGUAGAUGUCCUUUUCUGGCGCGGGACGACCACUGAGGGCGUGACCACGCAAGGCACCUGGAAAGGUAUGCUUCGCCAGCGACUUGUGCAUCUGAUGAACAAUGAAACUUCCCGCCAACCGAUCCUCCUCCCGAAACCUGACCAUAGCGGCCAUCUAGAAUACAUGCUGAAACGCACGAGCGACAUCAAAAAACUUCUCGAGACUAAGACUGAUGUGCGCUUUGUCGGUCCGAUCGCGCGCUGCGCAGGGCAAGACUGCACCGGCCAGACACGCGAGUUCGGCUUUGGUGAUCCUAUCGAUUUCAAACAACACUGGCGCUACCGAUACUUGUUCGAUACUGAUGGCGCUGGCUUUUCUGGUCGGUUUAUUCCCUUUCUACAGUCCAACUCUGUCGUCUUCAAAGCUGCCCUCUUCCGUGAAUGGUACGAAGGCCGUCUCACAGCUUGGAAACAUUUCGUUCCUGUGGACCUCCGCUUGCACGACCUCUUCUCUUCACUCGCCUACUUUGGCGGAUACGGUGUUGAGGCAAGGAACAAACGCAUGAUGGAGGGCCAAAUCAAGGCAGCGGAGAAGAUUGCACGUGAUGGCAAAGUGUGGACUGAAAAGGUGCUGAGGAAAGAGGAUAUGGAGGUUUACAUGUUCAGGCUCUUGCUUGAGUGGGGGAGGCUGACAGAUGAUGCGAGGACUGAAGUAGGCUUUCGUAUAGAGAAGGGGAAAACGAGUGCUAGUGAGAGGAUGAGUAGUGUCCAGCGAGAGGUGGAAGAGUUGUGA